UGAAUCUCUCUGUUGGUGUUUAGGUAGACAGUAAAAAUAUCAAUCGGAGCCUGGUGUUCUCGGCUGGAUUAAGUCUAAACUUCCAUCCAAACAAGCCGGAGAAAACCAGUAAAUCACAUUAACUCCAUCACCGGUCAACCUGUGACCCGCUCGGCUGGCUGUUGUACCUACAAAGGUGGCGGCUUCUUUACAAGUGCUUGUCUUGUCAGCUCAGCAGCUUCUCGUUAGGGCUUUCCACUCGGCUUUCUGUAGACUUCACCGCACCCAAUCGCCUCUUCCUCGCUACCAUGGGCAACACAUCCUCGAUGCUCACUCAGUACGACAUCGAAGAAGUCCAGGACCACUGUAACCACACAUUUUCGCAGCAGGAGAUAGUUUCUCUGUAUCAGAGGUUUUGUCAGCUCGAUCGCAGUGGCGGAGGUUUCAUCUCCGCCGAUGAGUUCUUGUCCGUACCUGAAUUCGCCGUCAAUCCUCUUUCUCAGAGAUUGCUGAAGAUGUUGUAUGGAUUGAACUUUAAGGAAUUCGUAGCUUUCUUGUCAGCAUUCAGUUCUCGUGCAACCUUGCAGCAAAAAAUUAAGUUUAUUUUUAAGGUAUAUGAUUCAGACUGCAAUGGGAAAGUCGCAUUCAGUGAUAUGUUGGAUGUUUUACGGGAUUUGACGGGGCAGUUCAUAUCUGAGCAACAGAGGGAGCAAGUGUUGACCCAUGUCCUAGAGGAAUCAGGCUAUACAAAGGAUUCUUUGCUAAGCAUAUCUGACUUUGUGAAGACUCUUUGCAACUCUGAUUUGAAGAUGGAGGUUGAGGUUCCUGUGGAUUGAAAUGAGACUGACAAAUCUCAAAGUUAAAGUUGGCCAGGCUUAAAAGCCGGAGGCACAACGUCCACUGUGUGUUCCUUGUAAGUCUGUAGAACAGUAUAAGCACUUAUGCGUGAGUGGCAUUGCUCGUUUUGCCAACUAGUUCAUAGAACAGUAGUACAAUGUAUUUCUAUUACACAGCUUUGAGCCUUUAGAAUUACGUGGUAGAUGGCAAAUGGUUGAUUGCUAGUUCUUCUGCUUGUUGAAUAACGUAAUUUAUGGACAGUUUUCUGCCGUUGGACUUAGGGACAAAUGGUUCCUUAAUUUUCAGAUGCAUCAUCAUGCAUGGCAUUGGCAUUCAAA